AUGGCGGCUAAAGAGGACAUUUACAGCAAGAUCCUCCCGCGCAGGCUUCGUCAGAAUCGCCUUGGUUCGGUCAAAUGUGGCUCCAGCCUGGACGUGCUGCUGUCCAUGGGCUUCCCCAGACCCAGGGCCCUCAAAGCUCUGGUGUCGACAGGAGGCCGAAGUGUCCAAGCCGCGUGUGACUGGCUGUUCUCCCACGUUGACGAUCCGUUCCUGGAUGACCCCCUGCCUCGGGAGUUUGUGUUGUACCUUCGCCCCAGUGGUCCUCUCCAGAACCAGCUGUCCCACUUCUGGCAGCAGAGUCGGGUCACCUGCGGCAAGAACAAGGCCCACAACAUCUUCCCCCACAUCACCCUCUGCCAGUUCUUCAUGUGUGCAGAUCACAAAGUGGAGGCUCUGAGUGAGUGUCUGCAGAGCACGGUGCAGCAGUGGAGGGGCCGGUUCCCCAGCCCGCUGCCCCUGGAGCUCUACACCUCCUCAAACUUCAUCGGACUUUUUGUGGACGAGCAGGUGGCCGACGUGCUCAAGCAGUUCGCCGCCGACUUCGCCACGGAGGCAGCCCGGAAAGCAGAAGUGCACGUGGAGCCUCAUAAGAAGCAGCUCCAUGUGACGCUGGCCUAUAACUUCCCUACGGACCACCUGCCCUCCCUGGAGAAACUGGCCAAAGGCAUCGAGGUCAAGCUGGGCUGUGAUUGGCUGGCUGUGCUCUUCUCCCGGGACAUUCGAUUUGCAAACCAUGAGACGUUGCGGGUGCAGUAUCCGUACACUCCGCAGAACGAGGACGAGCUGGAGCUGGUUCCAGGGGACUACAUCUUCAUGUCUCCGGUCGACCAGAACAGCACCAGUGAGGGCUGGGUGUUUGGGACCUCGCUCUCCACAGGGCUGUCCGCGCUGCUGCCCGAAAACUACAUCACGCUGGCUGACGAGUCCGACACCUGGGUCUUUCACGGCUCGCACUCCUUCUUCAGCCGUGGUCCGUCUGAGAAGAGCUCUAAGGACAGGGGGAUGCUGGACGCGCUGCUGGACAGUCGCCGCCCUGAAAACUCCAGCCCUGGAGACACGCCCUCCCUCAGCCUCAUCUGCCAUCCCAUGCAGCAGGUUCUGCGGAUCAGUGGCAGUCACUCGCGACAGCCCAAGAGGACACUUUUUGUCUGUCGUCACGGAGAGAGGAUGGACGUGGUGUUUGGGAAGCACUGGCUCUCCCUUUGCUCUGACAGUAAAGGUCGAUACGUCCGUUCAAACUUAAACAUGCCUCCGUGUAUCCCGAUGUGGGGAGGGCAGCGCGACUACGACAUGGACGCUCCCAUCACGGUGUUAGGAUGCACACAGGCGCGUCUCGUGGGGGAGGCCUUGUUAGAAAGCAACACAGUAAUAGACUUUGUGUACUGCUCUCCUUCAUUACGGUGUGUCCAGACAGCGCAAAACAUCCUCAAAGGUCUGCAGCAGGAGGGGAAGCUGAAGCUGCGGAUAGAGCCAGGUUUGUUUGAAUGGACCAAGUGGGUUUCAGGAAACUCACUUCCUGCUUGGAUUCCUCCGUCCGACCUGGCAGCGUCCCACUUCAGUGUGGACACAACCUACAGACCAUUGGUUCCUGUCAACAAACUCACUGUGUCUGAAUCCUAUGAUACAUACAUGAGCCGCAGUUACCAAGUGACCAAAGACAUCCUGUCGGACUGCAAACCCACCGGGAACAACGUUCUGAUUGUGGCCCACGCGUCGUCCCUGGAGGCCUGCACUCGACAGCUGCAGGGCCGCAGUCUGCAGACCACCAAGGACUUCAUACAAGUGGUCCGCAAGAUUCCAUAUUUGGGCUUCUGUUCCUGUGAGGAGCAGUCGGACGCGGGGGCGUGGCAGUUAGUGGACCCUCCCAUCCUACCUCUGACUCAUGGACCCAACCACACAUUUGACUGGAGGGAAACACUGGCGCAGGAGUGA